AUAAUCGAUUAGGUUCACUUGCCUAAAAGUAGUUAUAUGGUGAGAGAUGUGAGAUAUUUACUGAUCAUAAAAGUUUAAAAUAUAUUUUCACACAAAAGGAGCUGAAUAUGAGACAGAGGAGAUGGUUGGAGUUACUAAAGGAUUAUGAUUUGGUAAUCAAUUACCAUCCUGGGAAAGCUAAUGUGGUAGCUGACGCAUUGAGUAGGAAGAACCAUAGUAUUCUAGCUGUUUUAAUUACUUCUCAAAGGUAUAUCUUGGAAGAUUUGAUUAAGAUGGAUGUUAGAGUAUAUAGGCAAGACUUAGAUGCACUUUUGGCUAGUUUGCAAGUCCAGCCAACCUUGAUCGAGAAGAUAAAGACUGCCCAGUUCGAUGAUCCAUUUUUGCAGCAAAUGAGACAAAAGGUGGAGUCCAAUGAUCCCAAACUGGAAUCUUUUAGGAUUCAUGAAGAUGGUUCUAUUAGGCACGGUGAUCGAAUUUGUGUUCCUAAUGAUUCAGAGUUAAAGGAGGUAAUUAUGAAAGAAGCUCACAAUACUGGGUAUACGGUUCAUCCUGGAAGUACUAAAAUGUACAGAGAUUUGCGAGGAACCUUCUGGUGGAAUAACAUGAAAAGGGAAAUAGCCGAUUUUGUGGCUCAGUGUUUGACAUGCCAACAGGUUAAGAUUGAGCAUCAAAGACCAGCUGGCAAGUUGCAGCCACUUCCUAUUCCAGAGUGGAAGUGGGAACAUAUAACCAUGGACUUUGUCACUGGUUUUCCUGCAACAAAAAAUGGAAAUGAUUCUAUUUGGGUUAUUGUUGAUAGGUUAACCAACUCUGCCCAUUUUCUUCCCUAUAAAACAGGAAUGCAAAUAGAGGGAUUUGCAAAGUUAUACUUAAAAGAGAUUGUGAGGUUGCAUGGGAUACCGGUGUCUAUUGUUUCAGAUAGAGAUUCUCGUUUUGUUUCUCAUUUUUGGGGUAGUGUACACAGUGCUUUAGGAACAACUCUUAAUUUUAGCACCGCUUAUCAUCCACAAACAGAUGGACAGUCUGAAAGAACCAUUCAGACUUUGGAAGACAUGUUGAGAGCAUGUGUAAUUGAUAUGAAAAAUUCUUGGGAUCAUCAUUUACCUCUCCUAGAAUUUGCUUAUAAUAAUAGUUACCAUGCAAGUAUUAAGAUGGCUCCAUAUGAGGCUUUAUAUGGGAGGAGGUGCAGGUCUCCAAUAUGUUGGACAGAUGUUGGGGAAAGGAGUUUGUUGGGCCCAGAGUUGGUCCAGCAAGCUACAGAGAAAGUUCAUCUUAUACGAGAGCAUCUUCGUGUUGCACAAAGUAGGCAAAAGAGUUAUGCAGAUAAUCGGAGACGUGAUUUAGAAUUUGCUGUGGGAGAGAAGGUAUUUUUGAAGGUGUCACCUACUCAAGGUGUUGUGAGGUUCGGUAUUCGAGGAAAGCUUAGCCCUCGCCUUAUUGGUCCCUUUGAGAUUUUAGAAAGGGUUGGAGAAGUGGCUUAUAGGUUGGCAUUACCGCCAAAUUUAUCGGAGGUGCAUAAUGUUUUUCAUGUAUCAAUGCCAAGGAAGUAUGUUCCAGACCUUAGUCAUGUGAUUGAGCAUAUCAUGUUCCAAUCCAAUUGAGAGAGGACCUCUCCUAUGAAGAACAACCAAUUUGUAUUGUUGACCGAAAGGAGCAAGUGUUGAGAAGACGUGUUAUACCCUAUGUUAAGAUUCAGUGGAGUAAUCAUACAGAGCGGGAGGCAACAUGGGAGUUGGAGGAAGAUGCUAGGAAAAAAUACCCGCAACUUUU